CAUCCCCCCGUCCGCUCCCAGCGAGUCCAAUGUCAACUCUGAAGAACGCUCUCCCCGACAGCCAGAUUCCUACCGAAGCCCUGGCAGAAACAAGUCGCGCGAUCGACAUAAUAAUAAUAAUUCGAAUGGCCCUUCCACCAGCAAGUCUCCCAGCGGAAAUGCCAGAAUCUGCAGAGUCUGUGGUGAGCCUCUGCUGGGACAGUUUGUCCGUGCCUUGGGAGGUACAUUCCAUCUCGAAUGUUUCCAGUGUAAAGUAUGUCGUUUCUUCCCCCAUUACCAAUCUCAUAAUACAACACUCUAACGUGAAUGAAAAAAAAUAAAGGACUGUGGAGAGAUUGUCGCAUCGAAGUUCUUCCCCGUCGACUCUGAAGAUGGCAAUUCCCAACAUCCGCUUUGUGAACGAGACUACUUCCGACGACUAAACUUAUUGUGUUUCGAGUGCGGAGGCGCUCUCAGAGGAUCCUACAUCACGGCUUUGGACCACAAAUAUCACAUUGAGCAUUUCACCUGCUCCGUCUGCCCUACCGUCUUUGGAGCUCAGGACAGUUAUUACGAGCACGAGGGCAAGGUAUACUGCCAUUACCACUACUCGACCCAAUUCGCUCAGCGAUGCAAUGGCUGCCAAACCGCAAUCCUAAAACAGUUUGUUGAGAUCUUCCGAAACGGCCAGAACCAGCAUUGGCAUCCUGAAUGUUACAUGAUACAUAAAUUCUGGAACGUGCGCCUCUCUCCAAGUGGGAAGACAUUCGAACCGCCAGAGAUUGACCGCGAUGUCAGCAAUGAGGAACGAGACCAGAUCCGUGACGAGGAAGAAAAGAUGGAAGAAAAGGUCUACCGUAUCUGGAGCGUGCUUUCUGCAUUUGAAGAGUCUUCUGCCGCGUGCAUUUCCGAUAUGUUGCUGCAUGUUAGCAAUGGUGCAUACAUCGAUGGCGUUGUUGUUGCGAAAAAGUUCAUUUUCCACGUCGAGGUCCUCUUCAAGGGUACGGACCAGCUUGCAUCUCAAAUUUCUGCACUUGGCGUAAAAGGUAAGUCAUCUAAUAUCUCUCCUCCUUUUCCCCAAACAAUUGCUUAUGCUUAUAACUGGGAAUAGAAAUGGCAUAUGGCAGAGAAGCAAAACUGCUUUGCAAGAAAGUUGUCUCUUUCUUUUCAUUACUUUCAAAGACACAAGAGACCGGAGUUCGGAAGCUUGGAGUGACACAGGAGCUCCUCGCCCUUGUUACUGGGCUGGCGCAUUAUUUAAAACUCCUCAUCCGCAUUGGCUUGCAGGGCUCUCUUAGAUUAGAGCGUGAAACAAAGACCCCAGAUGCCCUCUAUGCUUUCCUAGACCUCACUGCAGAUCUUGAGGAAGUAAACACUAUCACAGCCAGUGAUCUAAAUGCUGAUACCUCACAGCUAGCUCACUCUCAGUCUGACUGCUGCGCUGCGUGCACUGAACCAAUUGACGAUGAGUGUAUUGUCUUGGGCCGGAGACAAUGGCAUAAGAAGCCGCCGCACCUUGUCUGCGGCGCGUGCCAGGAUGACCUAACACAUGACCUGGAACGCGCAAGAUGGAGUGAGAAGAAUGACCGACCAUUCUGCCAAAACUGUGCUGUACAGAGAGGACAUGAUCCCCAGGCCAUUUCUGGAUUUGAAAACGUUACCAAACUACAGCAAUACGUCUUCCUGCUUCGAGUGGCUCUUGCUAGACUCCUUUCUGUCUUACGAUCUGGUGGUACUCUGCCACAUACAUCGGAUGACCCCAACUUGAAGGAAUACGAGGCAAAUGAUGGCCACCGUAUUCCUCCACAGGCUGAUCCCCAUCUGCCACCUCAGCGUCCAAGUACUCGCUCAAUGUCCUACACUGGCGAGCAAAAGGAAGAGAAGGCGCCUUCAUCCCUUGAGCAGACAGUCGGUGAAAUGAGAAGACUCCGAUCUACUAGGAAUGAGCGGGCCAUUUCCACAACUUUCAAGAAAGCUCGAACUUCGCGCAUAAUCUCUGGCCCUGAGAGCAGCAGUGUCCAACCAGGUGCUCCUGGAGGUGCCAACAAUGGUCAGAACCAGAACUUCCAAAUCGUCGAAGAACGGGACGCUGAUGGCGAGCCUGUUGCUGACCUUACCUUUGGAAACCAAGAUGCUCUCACUUUGGACGAUAUUCCAAGAAUUGUUGCUGCCGAGCAGGCCAAAGAGCAGCGUCCUAACGCGUAUAAGCAUGCUGGUGGUAAUCUCAUUGGAAGCGGCGGCCCAGCUGCUAAGCUUGUCAAUGGCCAUCAACGAGGAGUAUCCGUUGACCAGCUGGGUGCCAUGGAACGACCUAGAGCUAAGAAAUAUUUCUCAGAGUUAUCUGCUCUAGAAUACUUCAUUGUUCGACACGUUGCUGUCCUUUCCAUGGAGCCCUUGCUGGAAGGAAGCUUCAAUCUCGAAGAACUCCUUGGUCUCAUCGAGCCUCGCAAGCCAACUAUCUGGAACAUCUUUAACCGUGCUUUCAAGAACGAUCCUCGCAAGGUUGGCAAAAAGAAGGGCGUUUUCGGCGUAGCCUUGGAAGUCAUCGUUGAAAGAGAUGGAACAGAAUCAACCCACGGAGUUGGCCCUGGCACAUUGCGAAUUCCAACCUUUAUCGACGAUGCGAUUUCCGCCAUGCGGCAGAUGGAUAUGUCUGUUGAAGGUGUCUUCCGUAAGAACGGAAACAUUAAACGACUCAGAGAAACCGCUGAGCUUAUUGACACCAAGUACGAGGCUGCUGAGUUGGACAAAGAGUCCGCCGUUCAAGUUGCGGCUUUGAUGAAGAAGUUCCUUCGAGAGAUGCCUGAUCCUCUCCUUACCUUUAAGCUUCAUAGCUUGUUUGUUAUUGCACAAAGUAAGUUCAUUUUCGUCCAAUGCCAUUUUUUAACCAGGAAAGACGUAAUGGCUAAUUUAAAAUAACUGUAGAAAUCGCUGAUCCAGUAAAGCGCAAGCGAGUUCUUCAUCUGACUUGUUGCUUACUUCCAAAGUCACACAGAGACACUAUGGAAGUAUUGUUUUCAUUCCUUAACUGGGCUUCUUCGUUCUGCCAUGUUGAUGAUGAGACCGGUAGUAAGAUGGAUAUUCAUAAUCUUGCUACCGUUAUGACCCCGAAUAUACUCUACUCUAAUGCAAAGGUUGCUGGUGUUGACGACAGUUUCUUGGCUAUUGAAGCUGUCACCUCCUUAAUUGAAAAUAAUGAUACAAUGUGUGAGGUACGUAUCGCGUCAUAUCCCAACCACAUCUCCGUAUUGUCAUGCUAAUGUGACCAUUGUAAUAGGUUCCGGAAGACCUUCUGUCUAUCCUAACCGAUUCGACGCUCUUCAACGGCAGUGCUGAAAUCACUACCAAAGAAAUCCUCAAGCGUUAUGGGGCCUUGGGCAAACUUCCUGUGCCCCAGAGGGCCCCGACAGUCGCGGAAACCAUUCCUGUGCGUUCUGGCUCUUCGAAAGGAAAUAAUUCUCCUAUUGCCGCGCGUAUUGACACCGAUCCGUCUCAAGCUACAGCAUGGCAGAUGCAGAGUUCUGUGAGGCACGUCCACGGGCCUCAGGAUCCUAACGCUCCCUUCCCUCCACAACCAAUCCGAACUAAUACCGGCGACAGCAACCAAGGACAAGGUCAGAGCCAGGGCCAGGGAUACGGCGGAGUUCCACCACAAAAACCCCAACACCAGCAACACCUGACACAACCACCAAUGGCAUACCGUGGCCGCCCUCCUGCCAUCUAAGUGAUGUUUUCUACACGUU